AUGGGAGGGGGAAUAUUGGAGAGUGAACUGACGCGAGGCCGCAGCCAGCUAGUCGCGAGGCUACCGGAGGUAAGGCAAGGCAAGCAGGCAAGAAAGCAAGCGUCGAUCAGCUGGCUGCCAAGUGACACGGACGUCAACGCCGACCAGCCGACGGGUUUCGCGGCGUCAGCAUAUCGCGGGGCUAGCGAUUAUCACGGCGAAGGUGGCCCUCGAAGCUGGCGGUACGUCUUCUGCGCCGACGUGGCGCUCGCUCCAGCCGUGGCCCGAGCAGACGCACUCGCUCUGGCGCUGGCCGUAGCACUCGCCGACGCGCCACCAUUCGCAGCGGCGCCAUUUCCGUUCGACACGGACGCCGUGUUCGACGUGCCGUCUCCGUUCGUGACGGAGACCGUCUUGGUCGAGAAGGGGUUGUUGCCGCCGUUCGCAUUGGCAUUGGCGUUCGCGUUCGCCGUGGACGCGCCAUUGGCGCCACUAGUCGUAGCCGUCGUAGCAGGGGCGCUGUUUACAACAUCGGCUGGAUUCCACGUCGGGACAGAGGUGGCCCAGACCUUGGGUUUGCUCGGACUCCCCGGCGUCGGCUAUGGCGCGCCCGGCUACGGCUACGGCGCGGGCCCCGCCGUCAGUGUCGGUGUGCCUGGCCUCGCGAGUGUCGGCGUCGGUGUGGGCAACGGCGGUGUUGGUGUCGGUGCCAACGUGCUGGGCCUCGGAGCGCACGUUGGUGUGGGCUUGCCCGGUGUCGGCUAUCCUGCGGGCUAUCCUGGGGGCUAUCCUGUGAACAGCCCCGCCUACAACAACGCUCCCCCGCCUGUUGUCAACAGCGCCCCCGCCUACAACAACGCUCCCCCGCCUGUUGUCAACAGCGCCCCCGCCUACAACAACGCUCCCGCUACUGUUGUGAACAGCGCCCCUGCUACGACGGCUACGACUAGUGGCGCCAAUGGCGCGUCCACGGCGAACGCGAACGCCAAUGCCAAUGCGAACGGCGGCAACAACCCCUUCUCGACCAAGACGGUCUCCGUCACGAACGGAGACGGCACGUCGAACACGGCGUCCGUGUCGAACGGAAAUGGCGCCGCUGCGAAUGGUGGCGCGUCGGCGAGUGCUACGGCCAGCGCCAGAGCGAGUGCGUCUGCUCGGGCCACGGCUGGAGCGAGCGCCACGUCGGCGCAGAAGACGUACCGCCAGCUUCGCUCGGUGGAAUAA